CAUUUCUUGUCUCUCAAGUCGCCACUCCAUCUCCAAUCUACAGCAAACACCACCCUUUAUUUAUUCUUUCGUCGUAGGCCCAUAGCCCAUACUCACAGUGAAGAACAACGAGAAAAAGGAAAGGGAAAAGAGAAAAGACAGUUUCUGGGAGAUGGAGUGUGUUUUCGGACUUGUUGGGGACGGAUUCGCCCUAGUGGUGUCAGAUACAUCGGCGGUAAACAGCAUAUUGGUUCAUAAAUCGAACGAAGACAAGAUCAUGGUUCUCGAUUCUCACAAGCUUAUGGGCACCAGCGGUGAGCACGGUGACAGAGUUCAAUUCACGGAGUAUAUACAGAAGAAUGUAGCUUUGUAUCAGUUCCGUAAUGGGAUCCCGUUGACUACGGCAGCUGCUGCGAAUUUCACCCGCAAUGAGCUCGCCGUUGCCUUGCGAAAGAAUCCAUACUCUGUCAACAUACUUUUGGCUGGCUAUGACAAGGAGACUGGCCCUUCACUAUACUACAUUGACUACAUUGCCACAUUUCACAAGAUUGAGAAGGGGGCAUUCGGUUAUGGAUCCUAUUUCUCUCUGUCCAUGAUGGACAGACACUACCACAGUGGGAUGUCGUUGGAAGAAGCAAUCAGUUUGGUGGACAAAUGCAUUCUGGAGAUCAGGACCCGGUUGGUUAUUGCGCCACCUAACUUUGUGAUCAAGAUAGUUGACAAGGAUGGAGCAAGGGAGCAUGCUUGGCGUGAAUCCAUUAAAGACACUGAUGUUUCAUCAGCCUGAGCAGAUGUUAUUCAUGUCACUUGGACCACCCACCCUUUUUUCAGUUCCUCCACAAUGGGGUAUUGUCCUGUUCAUGGAUCAAGCACUUUUUUUAUGCUUUCUUUACUGUUCAAAACUGUUGAAAUGUCAUGUAUACAUGCAUUAUUAUGGUUGAAGCCUCCAGAGGGGAGUUGAGCUUAAGGGGAAGGACAUUGAAGGACUGCUGACUUGUUAGGCUUCUUUUGAAAUUUUGAAUUUUUUUGGUUGGGAAUAGGAAGGAUAUAUUCUAUUUUAA